AUGCAAGACGCUGCACCAUCACCUGGACCAUUGGAGCAAAGUGGUCGUAGCUCACGAGAUUCAGAAGGCGGCCAUGAAAGUGCAUCAAAACCAACUACAGCAACAACAGGAAAACGACGAGCUGGUUCUCGUCGGGCAUCUUUUCGUCCUGAUCUAACAGUUAGUGCUCGCGCAACAAAUCGAAUAAAUAGAGCAUACACUUAUGUGGCUCCAGCAUCAGGUCGUGAAAGUUGGUGGCGUGUUACAAUUAAAGAUUCACCGAAUCCCGGUAGAUACGAUACUCAUUUGAAUACAUUUGUUAAAGAAGUUCUUGCACGUCCGAUGACGUAUGGUUUCAAAAGUGAUGGACGACGACGAGAUCCACAACCUCUAGAGCCAAAAGGCAAAGAUCUAUUGCCUGGUGCGUAUUCGGUAGAAGAUUUUGUAGAACAUAUGCGUCAACUACGAAGUACAUAUGGUUUCAAAGGUCCAGAGCGAGAAGAGUCACUAAGAAAAUCAAUGUCUGCAAAUCAUGAUAAGGAUAUUGAUGUUGCACCGGGUCUGUAUGAAACACAAAAUUAUCAAACAAUCAAUGCACCUAUUGAAGCGGCCAAACAUAGUGUUUUUAAAUCAAAAAUCAGACGAAACGUUUUUCUUCCGAAACUCGGUCCAGCACCUGGUGAUUAUGAACCUCAACUAGAUGUGAUCAACGUGAAUCCUCGAACUGUAACAUCAUCAUUUCGUAGUGGUACCGAUCGAUUUUUUAGAAAACCAGACAAUGUACCUGGCCCCGGUUCGUACGAUAGACUUACUGUCUUUCCUACACCGAAACAAAUUGAUUCUUUUUCAACACGAGGAGUCUUUUUUAGUGCUAAUUUUGGACGAGCAGGUGCUACCGCUGUGUAA